AUGAUUCCACGCGAGUUUUUCGUUGUGGAGACCAACGCUGUUCUCCUGCCUCAAAACUACCCGUUAAACCAGUACAAAUCGACUCUGAAUGCUCAAGGACAAUGGGAGACGGUCGUGUUUCCAGCGUUGACCCCUCAGAACCGACAGCAAGUUUUGUAUCUUCGACAAACAUUAGACAAGAUGCGUGCUACCAUGCCGCAUUUUGAGGAAAAGAAUGAAGAUUUUAGCUCUGAAACAGACUCGGUGGUGGCUGAAAGAAGACGCUUGGUGAUAGAUUACACAAGUCAGGAGACUCAAAUCUACUCUUAUUGUUUCCACGAGCUAGCACGACAGAUAAAGUGUAUCUGCAAAGAGCAGAGUGAGCUUUUACAUGAGAUUCGCGAACGCUACGACGCAGCGGUGGCUCGUCUUGUCGAUCAGCUGAAGAGCAGAACGAAAGAGCUUGAGCACCAAAUGAAGACUGGGCCUUCUGUUACAGCAGCUCAGGAAGCUGACAGCGACAUUGACGAGGAUGAAGCAGAAUGGAGACGGCAACGAGACGCUGCGUCGAUCAAGAGACCGUUGAUUAACUCAAAGCGAGACUCGACCAAAGAACUCAAUUUAGCAGCGACACGACUGCAGGUAGCAUUCCAAAAGUACCAGACGCGGAAGGAGCAAACUCGCAUUACUAUUCGGGUGGAGAAGCAGGCUGCGGCGAUGGAUAUUCAGCGCUCAUAUCGAGGCUUUCGUGACCGGCAACUAGCACUGCACCGCCGAGCUGUCAUGCGUACGAUUCUGCGUCGUCGAGAAGAGAAUGCAGCGGUUGAACUCAUGCAAGCCAAUGUCCGUGCGUACCUACUCAAUCGACGACGCAAAGCUGACGAUGACACUAAACACAAUCCGAGGCAAACGCUGAUCCGGUUGCUUACAACGUUUCGCGAGCUGGCGUCUAGAGACUUGCCUUCUCGACCAGCCAGUGUCGCUCCAUCAGAAACACUUGAUGAGGAGGACGUUGAGUUGUUCCAGCAAACGAUGCAAGAGGCUCAAGCUCUUGUAGGUUCGCUUCACAUCGUGCUAGGAACAGCUCUGCAAACAGACAUGGAAGUCAAGUCCAACGGCACGCUCGAUGGCGACGACAACUCAGUCGACAUUCCGUUCGGGGAACGCGAAGCAAUGCGACUACAAAACUAUGCUGAGCUGCAUCUGGAUGACAGUUUAUGGAGCUCGGUAACGUAUUAUCCUGCAUCCAGACAAGAUAUGGCCGAGGCCGAGUCUCUAUUGACACCUGUACUAGCAUCACGAGAACAGAGGAAAAGACUUGUCGUACUGAAGCAGUUUAUGUCCGAUAUCUACGACACGAUCGUCGGGAAGGUUAAGGAGCUACCUCCGCGUCAUCUCUUCGAGCUGCUUGCCUCUCGCUGUCACCUCGCCUUAUCCUUCAUCGAGUGGCGUCAACAAAGAUCCCAGCUCUUCUCGAGAGGUGUUGCUGCCGACCAACCGGCAGACCAGAUCAUACCACCCAAUUUCAACAUCGAACAGCUCACUCGAGAGCAUUUCCGCUGUCGAUUAGGACUACCGCAGUUGAUUGAUGCAGCACUAGCUAAUCUUCUCGAAAGUAUGAAGGAUUUCGCUUCCAUCGACCCGGAUGUCAAGCGUUUCCAGGAGUUUAUGGCUAACGAGCGAUCAGAAGAGGAACUCGUUUUCUGCUGUCUGUGUCGGUAUCUCUGCGCACAUCGGCUAACCAGCGACGAAAGGCCAGCAGGAACAGCCUCUUCGUCGUAUCACCGCCAACCCAUGCUCCACCCUGUUACUAUGCGAGAGAUCAUUGAUGUUCCUCACGUUCUGGAGCUUGCAAAACUAUUAUUCCGAGUCCAAGAUGAGAGUUUUAUUGUGGAGAGUGACACUCCAUUUACUGAGAUUGAGAACGUCGUGUAUCGACAAUAUCUACCGACCAAUGGCUACCACCAAUUCGAAUCUAUUGUGUCAUCGUUCUUCAUUGAUCCUGACAGACAAGCGGCUGUAGUCGCAUCAACCAUAGAAGGAGGCGAUACUGACAGUCCGAUACUUGCUGCUUCUUGUCGACGUCCCGAUGGCUCUCCUCGCCGUGCUAGUACCAUGAUACGACCGACAAACUACAGUCAAUUCCACUCAAAGCAACACAACGCGCAGGCUCCUAGAAGCCCAAUUCUGAAAUGGGUCUACUUUGAAGAGGUUCUGGCGUUGCUUAUCAAGUAUCGCGGUGAGAUGAACCACUUCCACCUCUUCUCGUACUGGUUGCUGGACGAUUCAGCGUUUGUCGAGACGCUCAUGCCGCUAUCUCUAGGCCCAUCAGAGCGGGAGUUGAGGAAUAUAUUCCACAACUCCUUACGACAACGGAAGCUGCACGUGUACAUGCCUCUGCGUGUGUUCACGUCGGUGGCUUUACUGCUCCUGCGGAAUGGUCUACUGAGUGUAUCGACCUACGCUCCCAUGCAAAAGCCUCAGUCUUACAAUAGAGACUCCAUUAGCACACGACAGCGAUCUCUCUCCAUCCGAGAGGAGAAUGAGGACAAGCAGUGGCGAGCUCUCGCGCUCAAGUGGCGAACGCAGGAGUCAUCGUUCGAAGCAGCCAUCGAGGCCAUCUACCACGAUCCAGCACCGACUCGAGCAGCUCAUGCAUUACAGCUGUUGCAGCUCCGACAAGAGCUCUACGAUUUGUUCGCCAGUCGAUCAGGUAGAGGUCGAGACCUCAAGCGUGCUUACGAAAUCUACGAGAUUCUAGUAAACGAGCGACUUGCACGUGUAGGAGGCGACUGUAGGAUGCUAGAAGCCCAACUAGGGCCAUCCGCAACGCUCGGGACGUGGUCAAACCACUAA